GGUGAGCAGAGCUGGUGCUCUGGUGAGCGUGCUGCACACCGAGGCUGAGCUCUGGGCCUUCCGUGGAACAGAUCACCCUGUGAGAGCCCGUCAGAAGCACCGCGUGUGCACUCGUCGGUACUCUCUGCAGGGUUCCUGUCCCAAGGGAGAUUUUGGGAUCGAGGCAGUCGGAGGAAGAGGGAAGCCAGCUCUUUCCAAGGGCCGGGGAAGUUCCUGUGCACAGAGGCCUGGGAUCUUCAGCUUCCUCUGAGCCUUCAGCGGCCAUGUCUCAGCACGGAGACGACCGCGGUUCCAAUUGCUGCCGUCUGAGUGGCAAGAAGCGGCGCGGCGCGGUUCCCCGCGGUUGGGAGCAGCAGCCAGCAGGCUGCCAGAGAUCCGACCGCGCCUUCCAGCGCACAGAGGGACGCAACAGGGACGGACGGUCCUUCAUGCCAUACAGAAGUGAGUUUCUUCAGCCCUCUGUCGUGAAGUGUGGAGGAAUGAAUUUUGAGUAUUCCUUCUGGGCGGGUGCAGCGCUGCAGGGGAUGUCAAGUGAGCAUCGAUUUGGAGUGCAGGAAGGAGCAGUGAGAAGUGAACUCUCAAUCAGUUUGUGUUUGGGCUGUCCAAGUAGCAUCUUUCUGUUUUCUGGGGGGACGUGGGCAUACUGGGCAGUGCUUCUGCUGCCUGCUGGUGUCUGUGAAGUCAUCACACCAUCUGUUGUUGUAGGGACGGAGCCUGCGCGUCCACGGAGUGGUGCUGGGCAAGGCUGGAAACGCAAAGCCUCCGCAGAAGCUGAUGCGAGCGGCCUUCCAGCAAAGCGCAGCCUUGCAGAAAGGCAAGGCAGAAGCGCCCAGUGUGGCACAGCACCAAAGAGAGAGAUUGGUGCUGAGCCAAAUGACAAAAUCUAUGUCAAAGUGGUCCAGCAGGUCCAUACUGAGAGAGCAUGUCAAAGAGCAGCAGCUCAGGCUCCACACCAGGCUGGAGGUCCUCUUAGAAGAGCAGGUCCCAGCACAGGGGGAAGACCUUCCCCUGCCGUGUGCCCCCGCUCUGUCUCCAACACCCUGGCUGGAUAUAAACGCAAGGCCUUGGAGGAAGGGAAACCAACAGCAGCUCAGCUGCCUUCCAAUAAGAGAGUGAAGGGGCCGAGUGGAGACGGCGUGCCGGCUCCAGCAGCACACCCUGGGCCUGCUGCUGCUCGGAGCUCCAAGCAAAGAGGUGAGAAGGUGCUGUGGUACCCGCCGUGCUGAGGCAUUUCCCUGUGCGAGCACACUGAGUUUGCUUAGGGUUGGCUUUGCUUUUUCCUACUCCAUGGAGGGGAAAAGAGUGGAAGGCAACAAAGUCCAAAGGCAGUGAGGUGCCAGAAUGUGUAACCCUGU